UAAAUCGCGUUUUUUAUACGGCCGCCGCCAUAUAUAAAACGUUGUAUCCAAUGACAUUGUACUUAUUAUUGGCAUCGCCUCACGUUUAAGCGCCGUGAUCGACGGCCACCAUAUUACAGCGACGCGAGCCACCGGUCGACCGUCGUAAUCACCAUAGCGCGUCAUUGCGAACCGGACGAGCGCGCGCAACCGGUCGUCUUUUGCCGCCGCGUUUUUCUUUCGUGUUUCACGUGAUAUUUGUGCGUACCGGUACAAUACCUUUGGACAUGGCGUCGCGGAUACAGCCCAAGCAAGCGAGCGCGGCCACCACGGGCGUCGCCUGUCUGGUCGGCGCCGUCGCCUGGAUCCUGAUCAGCUCCAUUUACGUGGGCAACACCGAGGGAUGGCCGCAAUUCGUGCUCAGCGCAUUUGCAGCGGCCACUGUGUGCGCGGUGGCCGCCUCGGCACUGGUGUACGCGGCCUACCAGCAGUACGUGGCCAAGAGGAGCCUGUUCGACGACCACUGCAGCACCGACGAGUUCGAUUACGGGUCGACGGGCCAAUGGGCUGUGGUCACCGGCGCCACUGACGGCAUCGGCAAGGAGUACGCGCGUCAGGUGAGUGACAGCGAUGGUGCUGCCGACAAUGGAGGACCGGUGGCGGUGGCUUCGGCGCGUAACUCGCUCGUCGACUAACCAACGCGUCAUUAUAUCGCGAAAAAAAGACAUUUUCAAUAGUUUAGUUACAGUAGUUACAGUAGUUAUUAACUCAAACAACUAGUGUGACGUGUCGUCUAACUACGACACGGCAUAUUUAUUGUGUGUGCAUUCUUGUAGUGGCGUGUUUAUUUAUCAAGUAGGUACCUGGUGGACGAUGUUAUGUUUCACAUUUUGUCUUACAAUAUUAAAAGAAACAAAAAAAAAAAAAUUCAAAAAAAAUUACCAAAAUUUU